AUGGCAAUAUUAUGCAUCAGACAACUCAUCGACAAGGAUUUCCUGCUGAAAUUCGCUAAAAAUUUGCAACACAUACGUACCAGACGCAUAUUGGUUAUACACAAUACCAAACUAGAGGCGAGUACUCAAUCGGAAAUCGAGACGUUUUUAAAUUACUGUAUGCAAUUCAAAUUUCUAAAUGUCAUACUCGUACAUCGCGAUUUCACUGAGACAAACAUCUUUCAUUCGCUAAAUCAAUUCCCCCAUUUCAAGUUAGAAACUCGUGAUCUUCGCACUAAAUCGCCAAUCUACCCCAAUCGCUUGGCAAAUGUUGCCAAAAAGAAGUUAAGAGUAUUAGCCGAUCAAAUAGAGCCGAUAACGAUGUUAUACGAAAUCGGCGAUUCCCUCAUCUUAGAAGGCUACAUUGGCUAUUUCAUGAAAGCUUUCGCAUUGAAAUAUAAUUUUCGUCUGUGGCUACCUACAAUGUAUGAAGGAACUAUUGUGCGAGUUAUUUCUAUGGAAGAGAUACGUCAGGCAGCUCACAACGGUUCAAUCGAUGUGGGCGCCAGCUUAUCGACACCUCAAAAGGAAUCAAACGUACAUGAGUACAUCUAUCCGAUUGAGUUUUUUCAGUGGUUAACCAUGCUGCCGAUGGAACCACAACUGGAAACAUAUUAUUUUUUCAGCUCUAUCUUUAGUCCAGCAUCUUUAAUUACUAUAUUUUUAUUCUCUUAUUGGGUAUGCGUUCUUUAUCGUUUGCAGUUGAGUUUGCGACGUAAAACUUUAUAUUGGAAUCGUGCUUCGUUAGUGUUAUUUUUAAUACCAUGGAAUCUGGACUUACUGCGUGGACUACUAAAUCAAUCGACGGCCAUACGCUUAAAUUCCGCUACCCGACGCAUAAUUUUCAUACUAGUUUUUGCGCAGGGUGGUGCUUUGAAUAUUCUUUUCUCCAUAACAAUGGCGAACUGGUUAACUCUGCCGCCACACGAAACACCAAUUGAAAGUUUUGACGAUGUUGCUGAGCGCAAUCUACAAAUUCAAGUUCCAGAACCUGAUAUCGCUGAGAUUAAAUUCUAUUGCGGUGAAACGUUUUGGAAACAACAUGAGCGCCUAUUCCAUAUAGUGAAAUCAGUUGAUGAGUUCCAGGAGAAUAUACGCAAGAUGGACACACGUUACGGUUAUUUGAUAAACACUUUGGCUUGGCCGAUAAUCGAGCAACGUCAAAAAUAUUUUAAACAUCCCUUAUUUCGUCUAUCGGAAAGUCUUUAUUACACCAAGGGUUCCUUACUCAGUCUGCCGAUAAGUGAGAAUUCCAUGUACAAGGAUCUGUUAAGUCUUUUCAGCUUGCGUUCACGUGAAGCGGGCUUGUUGGAUUAUUGGUAUAAAAGGACAUUCUACACAAUGGUCUACAUUGGACGUUUCAAUCUUACAGAUCUCAGUAAGAAUUAUAGACAUGAAGUACUGACCUUGAAGGAGUUCGAAUGGGUUUGGAUCACCUAUAGUAUUGGUAUAGGCGUGAGCGUUUUGGCUUUUACUUUCGAAUGGAUUUGCUACAAGUAUGCGUAUGUACAUUUUAGAGCACUGCUAAUGUAAAACCAACAUAUAUUUCUGAAAGAAUAC